GAAACCUGCUCUUAUAAGAUUCACUGUAACUUUGGCUCACCGUGAAAUGUGCUGUACUGCUCCUGUUUUUUGCACUGUUGGUGGCAGUUGUGUGUACAAAGCUGAUUUGCAAAGGUCUCAAUGAAUUUCGGUUCUUCAGAGAUACAACUACUUUAGCGGAGAGAAGAUGAACAUCCAUGUGGAGGGGUUGGUGGCGAUUAUCAUCUUCUACCUGCUGAUCCUUGUUGUGGGAAUUUGGGCAGCAUGGAAGAACAAGAAUUCCGGCGUGAUGGAGGGAACUGAUCGUAGUGAGACCAUUAUGGUCGGCGGAAGGGAUAUUGGAUUAUUUGUUGGCGCAUUUACCAUGACCGCAACUUGGGUCGGAGGGGGUUAUAUCAAUGGCACAGCAGAGUAUGUGUAUCUGCCCGGGUACGGCUUGGCAUGGGCACAGGCUCCCUUUGGAUAUGCGCUCAGCCUUGUUUUGGGUGGCCUUUUCUUUGCCAAACCCAUGCGCUCCCGGGGUUACGUCACCAUGCUUGACCCCUUUCAGCAACUGUAUGGCAAAAGAAUGGGUGGACUGCUAUUCAUCCCUGCACUAAUGGGGGAAAUAUUCUGGUCUGCCGCCAUCUUAUCUGCCCUUGGGGCCACUCUGAGUGUAAUCAUUGACAUCGACAUCAACAUGUCUGUGGUCAUUUCGGCUCUCAUUGCCAUUUUCUACACGCUGGUGGGAGGACUCUACUCAGUGGCCUACACUGAUGUUGUCCAGCUCUUCUGCAUCUUUUUAGGACUGUGGCUGAGCGUCCCUUUUGCACUCACAAAUCCAGCAGUGUCAGACAUCGGAGUGACGGCAGUAAAGCAGCUUCAUGCUAAUCAGACUGCAUGGCUUGGGAAGAUAGAAAGCACUGACAAAUGGAUGUGGGCUGACAACUUCUGUCUUCUGAUGUUGGGGGGGAUUCCCUGGCAGGUGUAUUUUCAACGGGUUCUUUCUGCCUCUUCAGCUACCUAUGCUCAAGUCCUCUCCUUUCUGGCUGCCUUCGGUUGCAUCAUCAUGGCGAUUCCCUCUGUCCUGAUUGGAGCCAUAGGGGCUUCCACUGAUUGGAACCAGACAACCUAUGGGCCAGUACCUCCCAUGCAGAGGGACCAGUCCGAUAUGAUCUUGCCAAUCGUGUUACAGCAUCUAUGUCCAGCCUAUAUCUCCUUUUUUGGUCUGGGGGCAGUUUCUGCUGCAGUGAUGUCAUCGGCUGACUCAUCCAUCCUAUCAGCCAGCUCCAUGUUUGCUAGGAACAUCUACCAGCUCGCUUUCCGCCAGACGGCUUCUGACCGUGAGAUUGUGUGGGUCAUGCGGAUCACUAUUUUCGUGUUUGGGGCUCUUGCGACAGCCAUGGCUCUUCUGACUGGGACCGUCUAUGGUUUAUGGUACCUCAGCUCUGACCUGGUCUAUGUUAUCAUUUUCCCCCAACUACUCAGUGUUCUCUUUGUCCGUGGCACAAACACCUACGGCUCGGUAGCUGGAUACUUCUUUGGAUUAAUCCUGCGUAUUGGUGGAGGGGAGCCUUAUCUCAAACUUCCUCCAUUCAUCUACUACCCUGGAUGGACUAUUGAGGAGAAGGUCCAUCAUGUUACCCGUGAGGUGGAAUACCUAGUAGUGCAGAGGUUUCCCUUUAAGACUGUUUCGAUGUUGGCUUCGUUCUUAAGCAAUGUGGCCUUCUCGUACCUGUUUAAGUACCUGUUUGAGAGUAGCACUUUGUCAGCAAAAUAUGAUUUCUUGGAUGCAGUGGUGGCCAGGCACAGUGCUGAGAUAAUGGACAAGACCACUCUGGUGAACAGGAACAUCAUUGGGCUCAGUGAAAUGGCCCCAGUCAAGCCAAGACUUAGUGUUACUUUAGCUGCUACCUUUACCAGGAAAGAAACCCUGACUGAAGAGGAGGACUCCAGCCCAGAGUUACUGAGUCAUGAAAACGAGUAGUGAUGAUUGCUUUAUGGUCAAAUUAGAGACACUUUCUAGAGGUCCCCUUCCAUAGUGUGAAGGACAGUGCUUCACCCAAUAAGUAAAAAAAAACAUCAGAUUUGAAUAACAUAAAACUGACAAAAACACUACCUUCUUAUUUCACUCUUCAUUUGUAUGUUGGGAUUUCACUACUUUCAGAAGGGAAUGGGACAGUUGCAGCAAUUGAAACUCUACUGACAAUGGCAGAGUUGUAGCUGAGAGAAGAAAAUGGCAAUGAUUUGGGUGGUUUGGGUAAUAGUAGGAAAAGGUGACUUGCUGCUGUUAAUUACCCUGAGAAGCUCUUCGUCUCCUGAUGGUAUGUACUACCUGAGUGUCUGUCCUUUCCCUUCUAAAGAAAAUGGUUAAAUAAUAAUAUUAAUUUCUCUGAACCUGGAUACAGGUCAGUCCAGAUUUAACCAUUUUUUUUAAUACAGUGAUUAUAAUAUCUCAGAUUUUAGCUGUUGAAUUAUUAAUAGGUGUAAGUUCAUGUAUCAUGCCAUUACUUAUGUCAAAUUCCCAUAUUAGAUAUAAGUGCAGAUUAUCCUAUUGUACUGUCUUAAAAAUCAGACUAAAACUGUUCCAUAAAUACAUAAACAAAACAAGUGAUGUGCUUCCCAUCUACAAAAUACAUUUAAUAACUUUGACAUAUGUGCACAUGUGGGAAAUGUCUUUUUCAUAUUUAUAGUGCAAUAUUAAUAUGAACAGGAAAGCAAGGAACAUAUAUAAAAUAUUAAUCGCCUUAACUAGCUACAUUGAUUAGAUGGGGGUGACUGGCCAUUAUGCAAACACAGUUCAUUACUGUGUUGUACUUGAAAAUCAAUGUAGCUGCAAAUGAUUUACCAGAUGUAAUAACCUCCGGGGUCUGUGUCGUGUUAUUUUUGUGAUUUGCAAAAUCAUAAAUAUGUCAAAAGAAGUCAUUGUACCUGGCUCCAGGAUGAGGCAGCUGCUGUGUUAUUUUGUUGGCUUUAGCGAUACAAAAUUUUGUGUGGUAUGUGUAUUUAUAUUCCAAUGAAUAUAACUGUCCAAUAUUCAAAUGAAAUGUAAAAUGUCACUUUACCCUGCUAAUAUAUAUUUAUUUGGUUGGAACCAGCGACAUAAAUCUAUAUUUAUUUAUUAAU